UUUAUUUUGAAACCUUUUUGUUUCCUCUUUGUGGUGUUGUGUGUCAGGCGGCUGUCUUCCGUUUAUGUUACUACCAGAUAUGUACGUCGAUAAUCGAAACAUUUAAUUAACCUUUGUGCUUACAAGUUUUGUCAACACGUCAGAUGCCAAAUGUGAACACCAGUAAGUCUACUUAUCCACCUGAUGGUGGAAAUGUAGAGGAACCAUAUAAAACCACACCACAAAUUUGCUCAGAUGGUGUCAGAGUGACUCCAGUGUCUAAAUCAUCCAAAAACCAGGCGAUUAAUCACACUGAAUUUGCUUAUUUACCUGAUGAAAGUCAUUUCAAGACACAACUGGAUCCUUCAAGACAAAUACAAACAGAUGCUAAUGUGAAAGAAGUUAACACAAACCAAACAGACAGAGAUCGUGUCAUUAGAGAGUUGGGUGUCACUAGUACUGCAUUUAUUGGGCCUACUUGUCGCCCCGAUCCUUCUAUCGAGCAGGAGCUUUGUGAAUUUUACAAAGAGCUUGAGGAAGUAGAUAAGGUUGAUGGCGAUGCCAACACCAAAUCGGUUGAAGAGCAUGGCCGGCAUUCAUCCAGCAAGUCCAAAAGCAACCUACCAAACAGGACGGACAGUCCUGUUGUCGUAACUGAUCACGGCAGAGCGUACAGACCCUACCCGGGUCCACAUGAACGCAACCAAAAAGAUCCAAAGGGAUGGAGACAUCGCUUACAAUGGAAUAUGGAUGACUUUGGUGGAGGAGGACAUCCGGAGCCAUUGUAUCCACCUCCACCAUGGGUUCAGUUCAUCCCUCCCCCAACGUCUGGAGGUCCAAUCAUGUAUCCUCCAGACAUGAGACCUCAGGAGAACUUCCAUGGUUACAAUAACAGCAGGGGCCCGUGGGAAGGGCCACCAUUACCUUCAAACAGAUGGCAUGAACGUAGCAGUUUCCAGUCACAUGAGCGUCCUGGAUUCUCUGAGGAAUAUGAUACACCUUUAUCACACUGGCAGCAGCACAAUCAUGAAAAAGACCAAUAUCAACAUUUAGAGCUCAUAUUGUUGAGGGGAGUCCCGGGAUCUGGAAAAUCCUCUUUGGCCAGAGAGCUCCUGUCCAUUGGUCCCGAUGGAGUAAUAUUGAGCACAGAUGACUACUUUUUCCAAGACAACAGAUAUGUUUUCGAUUCUGCUCUGCUCGGGGACGCGCACGACUGGAAUCAGAAGAGAGCUGAACAGGCGAUGUUGGAGGGCUGCUCACCUGUUAUCAUCGACAACACUAAUGUCAAAGCCUGGGAGAUGAAGCCUUAUGUUGAAAUGGCUUUAAAGAACGGAUACAGAGUGGACUUUUUUGAGCCAGAUACCCACUGGAAAUAUGAUCCUGCCGAGUUAGAAAAGAGGAACAAGCACGGAGUCCCUCGAGAAACAAUAGCAAAGAUGCUGGAUGGUUUCGAGUGGCCGAUGAAUGUUGACAUUGUGAUGAAUUCUGUGGUGCCUCCCCAUAAAAACAAAGGCCAUUAACAGAGAACUGAUGCCAUUUAGCAAAGAGAAACAUUUUCAUUUUAUUUUUUAGAAUAUAAUAGGUUUAUUUUCUUAGUUUUAAUAUAAUUGAUGCAGCUAAAGGUGUUUUAAUGACUGUGGUGAUUUUAAUGUUUUAAUGAAAAUUGAGAACACUGCAGAAUUUCAAAAAUGCUCUGUUUUUUUAGAUCAAGAAUGUCUUUUUAAAUAGUAUCACUUCCUUUUGUCUCUUUUGUACUUAUGCUUUAGUGUGCAUAUGAAAAUGUUCUUUGCUGUCCUAGAUUUGCCCAUUGUAAUAUAAAAAUGCAAAUCGUCUAAAUCAUCACAUUGAUAAGUGUCGACCAUUGGUAAGAUAAGACCAUUAGAGUCUGAUAAAGCCUUUGACCUUUACACAGUCUGGCACAUACAAUUAGUGCUGAGCUUCCAGAUACAUUCCAAGGCAGAAUAAAUAAAAAAACAAUAUUAUCUGUAGUGACAUGCUGAAUUAGGAACAGCACAUACAGUGUAUGUAUUUUUAAUUAUUCUGUUAUUUCUCCACCUUGGAAUUAUAAGGUUCAAUCUGCAUUCUGAGCAGUUUUGAGAUAUUAAGUUUUUGCAUUUCAUACGCUUCUGUAGAUAGAGCCUUUUUGUUUUCUAAAAAAAUGUACACAACUUAAAAAAAAUCACAUAAUGUAAAUAAGUUGUCACAGAAUAAGAAUAUGUGAAUAACUCAAUUUUGAGAAAAAUGUCCGAACCUUAUAAUUUCAAGGUGACGAUUUUUCAAAAGACCAGCAGCUUAAUCUACUAGACACUCAGGGUUUACAUUUUAUGGUGUUUUACAUAGUUGAUGGCUUAUGUACAGAACAAGAUAUCUUUUUCUUAAAUGCUUGUUAUUUUUGUAAAUAAAUGAUGUUUUCUUA